AUGAAAUAUCUAGUUAUAUUUCUAACUCUAUUUUUGUCCAUUUCAAAAUAUCAAUGUGAAUAUGCAUCUUGCAGGACGAAUUGUUCAACUAAUGGAACAUUUGACGACGAAUGUUGGCGACAAGCAUUAACUUAUCAAUCAGCAGAGUUAGUUGAACGGUUAUUUUCAUUUAGUAGUCUUUCUGUACAUGUUGACACUUUCCAACGAAAACAUUCCAGUCAAUUAAAUGAUAGUAUUAAAUUUAUUGACACUGCGUUAAACAAUCAUCUAUUAAACGAAUCGAAGGAUGCAAAACUUAACAUGAAUUUAUUUACAGAAACAAAACAAAUUCUUAUUAAUUUUUGUCGAAAUUUAACAUCACAGCCAGUUACGGAUGUUCGUCAAAUUCCAUCAUUGGUAUGCUCAGCGCAUUCAUGUUCUGGAGAUAUACGUAAUUAUGUGGUACUUUUUAUAAUUAGUAUUGCUAUAUGCAGUGUGACACUAAUCAUUUGCAUUGUACAAUCUAUUAAAAUACGUCGUAGAAGAAAUCCACGAUCGAUUGUGAUAGCUAACAAUGCAGUUCCUAAUUCACCUGCAACUGCUGUAACUACUACUGAUACUUAA